GACACUAAUACACGUGCGUUCCGUUAAACGAUCAGACGCGGCGCUCGAAACGAUCGAACGCGCUACACCAAUUUUUGACCAGUGACUCGAGAGGGAAACCUCUCGUAAGCCGACAAGAUUGCGUCCCAAGUGGAAAUGCCUACAAGCCUGUUUGGAGAGCUGGGUGGCGGAGGCAUGGUGGACCAGCGUGCCUUUCAGCUCGCCCUCGAGCUAAGCAUGCUGAACUUCGACGAGAGUAUUCCAGCGACGAACCCACUGUCGAGUCCGCUCGGGUUCGCGCCGCCGCCCGACGACCGUGCGAAGAAAUCUCAAAACAUGACCGAGUGCGUGCCCGUGCCCUCCUCAGAGCACGUUGCGGAGAUCGUCGGCAGACAAGGAUGUAAAAUCAAAGCUCUUCGGGCGAAGACAAACACCUACAUUAAGACACCGGUGCGCGGUGAGGAGCCCGUGUUCGUGGUUACGGGUCGCAAAGAGGACGUCGCACGGGCCAAGCGCGAGAUCCUCUCCGCCGCUGAGCACUUUUCUCAGAUACGCGCCUCACGGAAGUGUGGUGCAGCACCGCCGCCGCCCGCUGGCGCGCCCGGACAUGUGACUGCGCAGGUGCGCGUGCCCUACCGUGUCGUAGGGCUCGUGGUUGGCCCAAAGGGAGCCACCAUCAAGCGCAUUCAGCAUACGACUCAUACAUACAUUGUGACACCAUCGCGUGAACGUGAGCCUGUUUUUGAAGUGACGGGGCUGCCCGAGAGUGUGGAGGCUGCUCGCAAAGAAAUCGAAGCGCACAUCGCACUGCGCACUGGCGCGGCAAGCGGUGCGACGGGUGCAGGAGCCGUCGCAGGCGCAGAAGGCGAGCCGCUGGCGCAACUCUAUCGCGCCGGGCUCGCUUCGUUGUUGCGCCCUGAGCAGGAAGCCGCAUUUUCAUCGGCUGGCUCCUGCUCAUCUAGUGGAUCUUCGGGGCGGCUUGGCGAUCUGCUGGGCAUCUGGUCUUCGACGGAACGUGACGAGGGCCUAGGCGAGUCACCGUCGUUCGAAUCACCCGGCGCUGGCGGGGUGUGGGGAUGGGGGCCGCCAAGGCCAUCUCCGGCUGCAUCGCCGGCGCGCACAUGUGCAGUGUGCGCGGAGCGCGGAGUGGCGGCGGCGCUGGUGCCAUGCGGCCACAAUUUGUUCUGCCUGGAGUGUGCGCAACGGCUGGCGGCAACGACAGCGCCUUGCCCGGCGUGCGCUGUGCCCGCACACCAGGCCAUCCGUAUUAUCUCGUAAGCCGUGAAGCGGCUCACCACGUUCCCGCCGACGCGGAACCUUUUUUACUUAAAUCGUUAUGAAAAUAUUAAAAAAAAAAAGUCGCGUAAUCGAAAUCCUGGUGCCAAAAGUCGGCGCCUCGCCGGCACGGCCCGUCCGCCGCGCCGUACCUAUCGUAAGUCGGCAGAGUUACUCACGAUAUAUUUUCUUAUUAUGAACGUUUUUUAUUAGGUCGUCGAGCGCCCGCCGCGCUCGUCGCCGGAGAGAGAGUCGAGGUUACGAUAGAAUUUCGAAAAAAAAACAUAAAAUUUAAAAAAAGUUGUAUAAUUAUUAUUAUUGAUAGCAUAAAUGAGAAAUGGAAAUUUAUAAAGCUUACCUAACGUAGUAGCGUAAAGUAUUAAGAUAUCGUAAUAAUAUAAUAAGCGAGGGACGGGCGGCGCGGGGAGCGGGCCCAGCGGCCGGAGCGCGAGGCGCGGAGCGGCCUAGCCAAUGUGUUGUUGAUAGGUAAUGAUUGUGGCGGUUUGUGACGUGUUGUGGUACCGCCCGUGUGUGGUAGGUAGAGUAGUGUAAUGCCGCCCGCGCCCAGCCGCCGACACCGCGCCGCCCGCACCGCUCCCCCGCGCGCCAUGCUCAUUAUUUUGACUGUACGAUUAAUCGCUUAAAUGAUAUACAUACGUACACACUAUGAUUACGAUAAUAUUAAUAUAAUGUUUGUUUUAAGUGUGUUUUAAUGUUUAGAUUUUUAUUGUAAUGUUUUUAUGAAUGAUUUUUAUCUGUACGAUUAUUAUUAUUGAUUAUUAUUUUAUGUGUUGACGAUGUUUUUUUUUGUGAUUAUGUGCGCCCGCGCCCGAGAGGCGCGGGUCGAGGCUGCUGUACGCUCGUUUAGUGGUUAAUAUCAAGUAAUAAAUUUAAAGUAAUAAAUAAUAAAGAAAUAAUACGAUUCAUUCAUUAUUAUUAUUAUUAUAAACUAUAGUAGUUUGUAGCACGACAUUGACUAAUCAUUACCUAUCAAUACUUAUUAAGUAUUAUUAUUAUUAUUAUAUUGAAUAAAUUUAAAGAAUACAUAAUUAUAUUUCAUAGGAAUCAUUAUUCUGUAUAACUCUAGUUAAAUAUAACGAUAAUAAAAUAAAUAUAAUUGUAUUUGUAUCGGACGACGUUGUUGUUUGGUUUAUCGGGGGGCUGCUUUUAUGAAUUGAUAUUUUUUUAUUUUUUUACCGUUAUUAGUUUUUGACUUACUCAUGUAAAGAUACGCGAGAAUAAAAAACUGCCUAUUAGAUUAUAUUUUAAAAAAUAAUGGUUACGUAAAAUCAGCCCCCAUCGAACGUAGAUCCAGUGAUUUCGAUAAUUUUAUUUUCAUAAUAAAAUGGGUAGACGCUUUAGGUUCAAAUAACGUUGUGAAAAUUUGUGAAAUUUUGUAGACUACAUAUCUUAUUAUAAAUCUAAUAUAAACUAUAAAUUUCGA